AUGGGCUGUGAUCCUCCAUAUGAGGUUCCAAAGUGUGAUAAAUUUUGCAGCAUAAAAGGCAUACCACAAUUAGAGGAGCUCGAAAAGGCAUUGGCUAAGAAAGGCCUGAAGGAUCCGUGGAUAAGGAAUGAGAUAUGGAGAUAUCAACCCGCCUUCGGUACUAAAAUGCAAAAAGUCUGGAAUUUGUUUUUCCGAGGCCUUCCGCUAGGAUUAGCACUGACUAUAGCCACAGUGGCUCUUGAGAAGACUCUCGGUGGUGAUGGACAUGGAGGACACGGAGAGCAUAAGAAAGAACAUUAG